GUAGUCGAAUAACGUUUACAGCUGUUAUUGAACGAAACGACUACUCGUAUAUAAUUAAAAAUAAAUUUUCAAAUUUGGCAAUAUAAAAGUGUAUAACCAUGGUUAUACCUAUAAUAUAUACAGAAUAUGAGGAAGCUCAAUUAUGUAUCGAUGAAGAAAAUGAAGUUUCACUGGGGGGUUCACAAAAAGGAUCUGAAGUUCUCCAAAAAGAUUCACAAAAAAGAUCUGAAGUUCCACAAAAGAGUCCACAAGAAGAAGAUGAAACUCCACAAGAAACACAUCACGAACGUUCUCCUGAUCACAAAAGCACUGAUGAAAUGAUUGAAAAAGAAGAAAUCAUGGAAGAAUCAGAUCAGCAGCAACAACAGCAACAAGAUGCCGUUGAUCAGCAGCAGCAACAGCAGCAACAGCAGCAAAUAGAGCAGCAAAAUGCACAGAUACGCUUCUUGAAUGCCAAUGUGCUGCAACAGCUGCAGCAGCAACAGGCCGCCGUUGUGGCGGCGCAGCAGGCCCAGCAACAGCAGCAGCAACAACAGCAAGACGCACAACAGCAACAGCAACAAGCGCAGCCUCAAGUCAUAACGUUGCAGCAGCUACAGAAUUUCAUUCCGAUACAGCAACAGCAGCAACUUCAGCAGGACCAGCAACGCGGACAGACAAUCUCGAUGCAAGGUUUACCCCAACAAUUCUUACAAGUAUUGAACGCUUCACAAGCGGUAGAUGCUCAGGGAAAUCAAUUGGUUGCACAGGCCACCGCUCAGGCCAUUCAGCAGCAGCAACAGCAGCAGGCGCAACAGCAACAGCAACAGCAGCAACAGAGCCAGGGCCAGCCUCAGCCACAGCAGGCGCAGCAGCAAGUCCAGCAAGUUCAACAGGGCCAGCAACUGAGCUACAGCGUGAUACCGCAAAUGCAAACCGUUAGCAUAGACGGACAGGAGGCACUUUUUAUACCGUCUGCGUCGGCGGCUGGCUUGCAGCAAGCCCAGCCGACGAUGCAGUUCACUACUGCCAACGGUCAGCAUCUGCAGCUGGCCGCGGGUCAACAGAUACAAUUGUCCAACGGCCAGACGCUGAUACAGCCGCAUCCGGUUAACUUGAUGAGAAAUCCGAAUAUAUUUCCGACCUCGAUCAUCCAAAACAUCAACGGGCAAACGGUCCAGAUACCGACAGAACCCGAGGCCAAUUCGGAUGUUACAGGUCAGAGUGUUCAAGUGCGGCCGCUGCAAUUCCCAAUGCCACAGCAGUUGCAGCAAACCGUACCGGUUCAGGUUCCAGUUCAAGUCAACGGCCAGACGGUUUAUCAAACGCUUCAUUUUCCUGUCCAGGCUCUGUCCAAUGUUUUCAAUAUGCCCACUGCUCAAAUGAUACCGCAGAUCACGCAGCAGCAAAUCCCGCAAAUAGCCCAAAUCAUAACACCUAAUGGGCAGAUCCAGCAAGUUCAAAUCGCCAACUUGGCCCAACUACAAGGUUUACAGCAAUUGCAAGGCCAACAAGUGGUGCAGCAAGUGGCGGUUCAACAAGCAGCCGCAGCAGCAGCAGCCCAACAACAACAAGCGGCCGUUGUGCAGCAAGUUGCAGCCGUUCAGCAAGCUCAACAAGUACAGCAGGCACAACAAGUCCAACAAGUUCAACAAAGUCAACAACAGCAACAACAGCAACAGCAACAACAGCAGCAACAGCAGCAACAGCAGCAACAGCAACAACAGCAACAAGCACAUCAAGUUGCACAACAGGCAACUUCUACUACGCCGGCCUCGACUGCAACCACGUGGAGUAAUAACGGAGCUCCGCCAGCUAAUGUUCAGGUUGUCGGUAUAGGAUCGAUCGGUCGUGGUGGAGCAAAUUCAAGCGUGAUAACAACAAAGGACGGACAGAAAAUUGACGUUCAAACGCUCACUGCAAUAAGGCCUCAACAAGAAGUUCAAGACAACGAGAUUCAAGUCACAAACAUCGAUGCCUCACAGCUCGCCAAUGGACAAGUUAUACAAAUUCCUGCCGCACAAGCUAUGCAGCAAGCAACCCAGCCAAUAAGCAUAACUGGUGCGCAAGGACAACAAAUAACAUUGAUCCCAACCACAGCUUUGACGUCUCUCGCGGGCGGGCAAGCAGGGAUGGUACGAGGAGUUAAUGUUGGCGGUGGUGUUAUGCAAUUGCAGCCUGCGACGGGAAUCAACAGUAACUUUUUGCAAUCGAUUCCCGUUCAAAAUAUACCUGGUCUCGGUAACGUCCAGGUCAUAUCGACCUUGCAGCCUACUGCCGUCCAAGCAUUGAGACCUGCUGCCGCGGUUACACCGAGAUUGCAGGUUGAUAAUAAAUCCGAUCAAAAAUGGCAAAUUGUUCAAACAAUACCGGCCAAUUGUACGCCUGCACCUGCUGCUGUUACUACAAGUCAAUCACAGCAGCAAACACAGCAGUCGCAGUCAUCGCCUCGACAGAAUCAAUCAACGCAGUCGGGUGAAGAAGGUACUAAGCAACAUCGACGUCGCGUAGCUUGCACAUGUCCAAACUGUGGUGAUAGCGAAAGAAAUCGUGAUUCUGGGCGAAAGAGACAGCACAUUUGCCAUAUACCAGGAUGUACUAAGGUUUAUGGAAAGACCUCGCAUUUGCGGGCUCACUUAAGAUGGCAUACAGGUGAACGGCCAUUUGUCUGUAACUGGAUCUUUUGUGGAAAAAAAUUCACCCGUUCAGACGAGUUGCAACGACAUAGACGCACACAUACGGGCGAAAAGAGAUUUCAAUGUCCAGAGUGUACCAAAAAAUUCAUGCGGUCCGAUCACUUAACAAAACAUAUAAAAACGCACUCAAAAGUUAGAAACACGGAAGCAGCUACAUCCACGCAAGAAGGAAGCUCCGACAGUCAAUCGUCCAAUGAAGAUAAAAUCAUUAUAUCUUUCCAAAAAGACAACGAGACGUCAGAAUUGAUUUUGGCCGAUCCUUUGGAGAUGGAUAUUUCUCAAGUAGCAAAUGAAUAGAUAUUAUUUACUCCUGGCGAACAAAUUUCUCUGGCAAUUUAUUAAAACGAAGCUAGGGGGUAAUUUUUAGGACUGGAGGAAUUUUUGACCAGGAUAAAGUAAUUAAAGCUGUCGCUUUCGGUGGUAAUAAGUAAACCUUGAUGCACUAGUCAUAAAAGUGUUGGUAUUUACUCGAGGUGUUACUGAGGUACCCGUUUUUAUUAUUGAAUAUAUUUUUUUACUUUGCAACUUUUUAAAUUUCUACGGAUAAACAAUAUGUAAGAUUGUCUUGUACUCACCUUGAUUUUUAAACUAAGGUCUAUAAUGUAAAUAUAGAUAUUUAAAUUCGAUUUUUAAUUAAGGAUGUAGAGUGUACACGAUACAAUUUUUAAGCAGGAUUCAAAUUUUUAGAAAUGUUUUUGCAUGAAAAAAAUUUAAUUUAGCCAAUCCUUUUCAUAUACAACGAUGUACAAAGUUUUGAUGUGAAUAUUCAAGUAAUGAAGUGUAAAAUUAAUAUGUAAAUGCUUUUAAGUUAAUGCAUAAAUUAGGGAGGAGAAAAUUUAUAAUUUUAUAAAUAUUAUAAUCAUGUGUAUAUCUGUACAAAACGAAAUAAUGUACAGAAAAUUUUUUAAAUAAGUAUUUCGUUCUUUAUUAAAAAAUGAAGUUAUAGCCUAAAUUUGUUUGUAAAAAAAC